AUGGUUGCUUUGCUCUUCAAAGGAAUCAAAGGAGUGAGCUUCUCGUGUGCGUCUUCUUCUUCGGUAGCCAUACGAGAGAGCAUCGACAGAGCCAAGUCCAUCGCCCUGCCGAACACCGGAAGAGGCAGCACGAGACCAAAGUCGCAGUGCACGGCCUCCAAGCCCAUGCCAACCGAUGGAUCAGUCAGUCCAUCCAGCUCUUCUCGCUACCUGUUAAGCUCGACCGCAUUGCUGUCGGACGACCCCAGCUUCUUGAGCAGUAGAGGCGAUGAAGAAGAAUUUUUCUCAAAGCCACCGAUCUCUUCUGCCAGACCACAUGAUCAGCAGGUUGUGGUUCUGAGAGUGUCGUUGCAUUGCAAGGGUUGCGAAGGGAAGGUCAGGAAACACAUCUCGAAGAUGGAAGGAGUCACAUCCUUCAGCGUGGACUUGGCGACGAAGAAGGUGACGGUGAUGGGAGACGUGACGCCCUCGGGAGUGCUCGACAGUAUCUCCAAGGUGAAGAAUGCUCGGUUCUGGUCGUCACCGCCUCGAUCCUCGGCGUCAUCCCAGUUGAAGGAACCCUACUAGGGUUUGCCAUUAGCACGGUUCAGAGAAGUGCGAGAUCGCUUCAAGAGCAGGCAUAGAUAUUGUAAGAGGUCGAUCAUUCUCUUAGCAUCCGGAUGUAAGGUUACUAUGGAGUAGGAGUUCAACAGGUCAGUUCCUGUCAUCCACCAAUUCCUCCAAUGCUCGGAGAGGUUUGGUUUCUUUGCCUUCACAGUGCAUUUGGAGUAGCAUUUCAACAGGCCAUUCGGUGGGGAUGAGGAGGCACAU